AUGGCCAACCCUCCUCACGGCGGAGUCCUGAAGGACCUUAUUGCUCGCGAUGCUCCCCGCCAUGAUCAGUUGGCCGCAGAGGCGGAGGACCUACCCGCCAUCGUUCUCUCCGAGCGCCAGCUGUGUGAUCUCGAAUUGAUCAUGAAUGGAGGGUUCAGUCCUCUGGAGGGCUUCAUGAACCAAAAGGAUUUUGACAGCGUCUGUGAGAACUGCCGUCUUGCCGAUGGCAACCUGUUUUCUAUGCCCAUCACCCUCGACGCCUCCCAGGAAGUCAUCAAUGAUGGCAAGCUUCAGGCUGGCUCUCGGGUCACUCUGCGUGACUUCCGAGAUGACCGCAAUCUGGCCAUUUUGACCAUCGAUGACAUCUACCGUGCUGACAAAGAAAAGGAAGCGAAGCUGGUUUUUGGCGGCGAUGAGGAACAUCCCGCUAUCAAGUAUCUGAACACGAAGGUUCAUGAAUUCUAUAUUGGUGGAAGGGUGGAAGCUGUGAACAAACUAAACCACUACGACUAUGUCGCACUGCGCUACACCCCCGCAGAGCUGCGUGUGCAUUUUGACAAGCUCGGCUGGAACCGAGUUGUCGCUUUCCAGACGAGAAACCCCAUGCACAGAGCCCACCGUGAGCUCACCGUUCGUGCUGCUCGCGCUCGUCAGGCCAAUGUCUUGAUCCACCCUGUUGUCGGUCUCACCAAGCCUGGUGAUAUUGACCACUUCACCCGUGUCCGUGCCUACCAAGCCCUCCUUCCUCGAUACCCCAACGGAAUGGCCGUCUUGGGUCUGCUGCCCCUGGCUAUGCGUAUGGGUGGUCCCCGUGAGGCUAUCUGGCAUGCCAUCAUCCGUAAAAACCACGGUGCCACCCACUUUAUCGUUGGCCGCGACCACGCCGGUCCGGGUAAGAACUCUAAGGGUGAGGAGUUCUACGGUCCUUACGAUGCUCAGCACGCCGUUGAAAAGUACAAGGACGAGCUGGGCAUUGAUGUCGUCGAGUUCCAACAGGUCACUUACCUGCCCGAUACCGACGAGUAUAAGCCCAAGGACGAGGUCCCUGCCGGUGUCAAGACCCUUGACAUCUCUGGUACUGAGCUCCGCAAGCGUCUGCGCACUGGCGCCCACAUCCCCGAGUGGUUCACAUAUCCCGAAGUCGUCAAAAUCCUCCGCGAAUCUAGCCCCCCGCGUUCCAUUCAGGGCUUCACCAUCUUCUUCACUGGUUACAUGAACUCGGGUAAAGACGCCAUUGCUCGAGCACUCCAGGUCACCUUGAACCAGCAGGGUGGCCGCACAACCACCCUACUCCUGGGUGACACCGUCCGCCACGAGUUGUCGUCUGAGCUGGGCUUCAGCCGUGAGGACCGCCACACCAACAUCCAGCGGAUCGCCUUCGUUGCUGGUGAGCUCACCAGGGCUGGCGCUGCCGUUAUUGCCGCCCCCAUCGCUCCGUAUGAAUAUUCUCGGAACGUUGCCCGGGAGGCUGUCUCCCACCAGGGCGGCUCUUUCUUCCUCGUCCAUGUGGCUACCCCUCUCGAGUACUGCGAGAAGACCGAUAAGCGUGGUAUUUACGCCAAGGCUCGCCGUGGUGAGAUCAAGGGCUUCACUGGUGUUGACGACCCUUACGAGACUCCUACCAAUGCGGAUCUCACCGUUGACCUCUCGAAGCAGAGCGUUCGCAGCAUUGUCCAUGAAAUCAUCCUCAUGCUUGAGAGUGAGGGCUAUUUUGACCGUGCGUAG